UAGCAGCAGCAGCAGCGGCGGAGGAAGCAGCGGUAGCGGGGGGUCAUCCGCGCUGGAUAAGCUCCGCGAGCUGCUGCGCGCGGCGGAGGCGGAGCUGGAAAAGGCGUGCGCGCGGACCGUAGAGACGGAGGAGGAGGCGCGCAGGGUGGCGGAACGCGCCAUAGAGAUCUCCGACGCCGCCGCCAAAGCGGAAGCUGCCGCGGAUGCCGCGAUGGCGCAGGUGGAGGCGGAGCUGGCGGAGGAGGCGCAGGCGCAGGAUGCGCUGCGGCAGGCUGACGUGGCGUUUCACGAGCAGGCGGAGGUGCUGGUGGCGGCGGAGGCGCAGCAACAGGCGGUGGAGGCGGGGAUGGCGGGGAUGGCGGAACAGGGGGUUCAGGAGGGGGAGAGCUUGCGGUCGGGCGUGGUUAAUUUGGUGCAGGAGGUGCGGGAGGAGCUUGCGCGGCGGGAGGCGGAGCUGAGGACGCGGACGGAGGCAGCCGCGCAAGCGACUGGAAGGCGCGUGAGGGCGCAGGAGAGCGUCCGCGCUGGUGGCAGCGGCGGGGGAGGCACGGGCGCGUGCGGGGCAGGCGAGGGGAGGAGGUGUGGGAGCGCAUGGGCGUGGCGGAGAGGGCGGUGGCGUUCGAGCUGGAGGCGAGCCAAGAGCGUGGCGGAGGGCCGCCAAGGCGCUGGCGAGGGCGGAGAAACUGGUUACUGGAUAUCGCCAAGGAGAGGGUGUGAAGGAAGGGGAGACGAGGAGGAUGUGGGAGGGGUCGUUGCAGAGGCGGUGGGGAAGGCAGAGGAUAAGGGGAAGAAGGGGGUGAAGGCUGGAGCGGAGGAGGCAGCAGGGGAGGAGCGAGGGGUCGGGCGAAGUGCGGUGGUUGAUGAGGGAGGGAAGGACGUGCGGAAGGAUGGGAAGUCAUCGCAGUUCUUCUCAGCGUCAUUCUUCUCGGCGGACGGCCAUGAGGUGGAGGAUGCACUCAAGUGGGUGCGAUCAGCGCUGCCCUCGCUGCUGCGCCAUCUGCCCAAGCUCAUUCUCGCACUCACCGUGCUCCUCCUCGGGCGGCAUCUGUGCUGCAAACUCGGCCUCGUGGUCCCUUGUGCUGCAUGGCGCCUGGCUUGCCUUCCCUCCUCUCCCUUCCCGUCUGCUUUUGAGUCGACUCAAAUGCUGCAUGGCGCCUGGCUUGCCUUCCCUCCUCUCCCUUCCCGUCUGCUUUUGAGUCGACUCAAAUGCUGCAUGGCGCCUGGCUUGCCUUCCCUCCUCUCCCUUCCCGUCUCAUCGCUGUUCACUUCACUCUGCUCCUCUCUCUCCCUUUCCCACCCCAGAGGCGUGGCACUCAAAGCGCGCAUGGCGCACAGGGCAGGAGGGCACGCACCUCCCACCACAGUCGUGCAGAUGGACGGCGUACAGGGAAGGGUACUGGCUGGGGCUGCAGGGGACGCCACCGUGCAGGAAGCAGCGGCACUAGGGUCAGCAGUUGGGGCAGUGGGGGCAGCAGCAGCAGGUACAAGGGCCGUCGACUCAAAAGUCUUUCCUGCCACGCCUCUGCCUCUGCCCCUAUCCCUGCACUGCAUGCUCAUCCUUCCUUUUGAGUCGACUCAAAAUCGACUCAAAAUUCUGCCCCUGUCCCUGCACUGCAUGCUCAUCCUUCCUUUUGAGUCGACUCAAAAUUCUGCCCCUGUCCCUGCACUGCAUGCUCAUCCUUCCACUCCCGUGUUCCUCCUCUCUCCCCCCCUCCCUCCUUCCCUCCCUCUCCCCCCAACCCUCCACCAGCCGAACGAGGAGGAGACGCAGCUGUUUGACGUGCUGUGGCUGCUGCUGGCCAGUGUCGUCUUCGUCCCCAUCUUCCAGAAGCUGCCCGGAGGCAGCCCCGUGCUGGGGUACUUGGCAGCGGGCGCGCUCAUCGGCCCGUAUGCGCUGUCAAUCAUAAAGCACGUGCACGGCACCAAGGCUCAUUGCUACCUCCCCGCUCUCUCCCUCCCACCUCUUGCCUGUCACGCAGGCAGCCCCGUGCUGGGUUACCUGGCAGCGGGCGCGCUCAUCGGACCGUACGCGCUGUCAAUCAUAAAGCAUGUGCACGGCACCAAGGCUCAUUGCUACCUCCCCGCUCUCUCCCUCCCACCUCUUGCCUGUCACACAGGCAGCCCCGUGCUGGGUUACCUGGCAGCGGGCGCGCUCAUCGGACCGUACGCGCUGUCAAUCAUAAAGCAUGUGCACGGCACCAAGGCCCUCGCAGAGUUUGGCGUGGUGUUCCUCAUGUUCAACAUCGGCCUCGAGCUGUCGCUGGAGCGCCUGCGCUCCAUGCGCAAAUACGUCUUUGGGCUCGGCUCUGCUCAGGUGCUGGUGUCAGCGCUGGCGAUAGGGCUGUGUGUGCUGGCAGUGGCGCGUGUGUCGGGCCCAGCAGCCAUUGUCAUUGGCAACGGCCUUGCCCUCUCCUCCACCGCCGUUGUCCUCCAGGUGGGUGGGUCUCUGCUGUUUGUGCCUCAGCUGGGUCUCUGCUGUUGUGCCUCAGCUGGGUCUCUUCUGUGCCUCAGGUGGGUCUCUGUUGUGCCUCAGGUGGGUCUCUGUUGUGCCGCAGGUGGGUCCCUGUUGUGCCUCAGGUGGGUCUCUGCUGUGCCUCAGGCGUGUCUCUGUUGUCCCCUCCGGUGGGUCGCUCUUGCUCUUCAGGUGGGUCUCUGUGUGUUUGUCUCGAUACACCUAACCACCACCUCACUCCGCUCCUCCCGGCCCGCCCGUCAGGUGUUGCAAGAGCGAGGGGAGAGCACGUCGCGCCAUGGGCGAGCCACCUUCUCCGUGCUGCUCUUCCAGGAUCUAGCAGUGGUGGUGCUGCUCAUCCUCAUUCCGCUUCUCUCCCCCAACUCCACCGGAGGGGGCGUGGGCUUCAGGGCGAUAGCGGAGGCGCUGGGGAUGGCGGCAGUGAAGGCUGUCAUCGCCAUCGCAGGCAUCAUUGCGGGCGGCCGACUGCUGCUGCGCCCCAUAUACCGCAGCAUGGCGGAGAAUCACAACGCGGAGAUCUUUGCCGCCAACACACUGCUCGUGGUGCUCGGCACCUCCGUGCUCACUGCCCGGGCGGGGCUGUCCAUGGCGCUGGGAGCGUUCCUGGCGGGCCUGCUGCUCUCAGAGACCGAGUUCGCCCUGCAGGUGGAGUCAGACAUCAACCCCUACCGCGGGCUGCUGCUGGGCCUCUUCUUCAUGACUGUACGUCGCACACUUGCACUUGAGAGUCGACUCAAAAGUCACCUCUUCUUCAUGACUGUGGGCAUGUCAAUCGAUCCCAAGCUGCUGGUGGCGCGUUUCCCGCUCAUCCUGGCAGCGCUCGCAGUUCUGAUAGUGGGCAAGACGGCUCUGCUGGCGGGCAUGGGGCGCCUCUUUGGCCUCUCCCCUGUCGCUGCUGUGCGCACGGGCCUGCUGCUUGCGCCUGGAGGGGAGUUCGCGUUUGUUGCCUUUGGGGAGGCUGUUACCAAGGCUGUGAGCAAAGGUGCGGGGUUUGGGGAGGCUGUGAGCAAAGGUGCGGGGUUUGGGGAGGCUGUGAGCAAAGGUGCGGGGUUUUGGGAGGCUGUGAGCAAAGGUGCGGGGUUUGGGGAGGCUGUGAGCAAAGGUGCGGGGUUUGGGGAGGCUGUGAGCAAAGGUGCGGGGUUUGGGGAGGCUGUGAGCAAAGGUGCGGGGUUUGGGGAGGCUGUGAGCAAAGGUGCGGGGUUUGGGGAGGCUGUGAGCAAAGGUGCGGGGUUUGGGGAGGCUGUGAGCAAAGGUGCGGGGUUUGGGGAGGCUGUGAGCAAAGGUGCGGGGUUUGGGGAGGCUGUGAGCAAAGGUGCGGGGUUUGGGGAGGCUGUGAGCAAAGGUGCGGGGUUUGGGGAGGCUGUGAGCAAAGGUGCGGGGUUUGGGGAGGCUGUGAGCAAAGGUGCGGGGUUUGGGGAGGCUGUGAGCAAAGGUGCGGGGUUUGGGGAGGCUGUGAGCAAAGGUGCGGGGUUUGGGGAGGCUGUGAGCAAAGGUGCGGGGUUUGGGGAGGCUGUGAGCAAAGGUGCGGGGUUUGGGGAGGCUGUGAGCAAAGGUGCGGGGUUUGGGGAGGCUGUGAGCAAAGGUGCGGGGUUUGGGGAGGCUGGCAUCAUGAGCGCGCAGCUGUGCUCGCUGCUCUUCAUAGUGGUGGGGCUUAGCAUGGCCAUCACGCCAUGGCUCGCAGCGGUGGGACAGCUCAUCGCCUCGCGCUUUGACCAGCAGGACGUGCGCUCGCUGCAGCCACACGAGGCCGAGACGGACGAUCUGCAGGGCCACAUUAUCAUCUGUGGCUUCGGCCGUGUGGGUCAGAUCAUAGGCCAGCUGCUGUCGGAGCGCCUGAUCCCCUUUGUGGCGCUGGACGUGAGCAGUGACCGUGUGAGCGCGGGGCGCUCCCUCGACCUGCCCGUCUACUUCGGCGAUGCUGGCAGCCGCGAUGUGAGCCUCUCCCUCCCCUCCGCUCUCCUCCACCCCAUCUCCCGUUGUGCAUUCCUCCCCUCCUCCCCCCCCACACGUGCAUUUCCGCCAUCCCGUGCAAUUCCUGAAUUUCCGUUUCCUUCUCCAUGCGUCACUCUCUCCAAUCAACUCCCGUCCCUUCCGUCCCUUUCUCCCCUUCACCCGGUCCUCACUCGCUCUUGCCCUACCAUCCAACCUUCCUUUCCCCUUUUCUCCAACCCGCCCCUCCCCCCCACAGGUGUUGGGGGCGGAGCGGGCAGCAGCGGCAGUGAUCACACUGGACACACCAGGAGCCAACUACCGUGCCGUGUGGGCGCUCAGCAAGAGCUUCCCCUCCCUUCGUCCCCACCUCUCCCCCCUCCUCCAUCCCACUCCGACCCCCUCCUCCCCCAUCUCCCUCAGGUGUUGCACAAGGUGGGGGCAGAGAGGGCAGCAGCAGCAGUGAUCACACUGGACACGCCAGGAGCCAACUACCGCGCCGUGUGGGCGCUCAGCAAGAGCUUUCCACACGUGAAGACGUUUGUGCGAGCUCACGACGUGACCCAUGGGAUCAAUCUUGAGAAAGCUGGCGCCACGGCUGUGGUUCCUGAGACGCUGGAGCCCAGCCUGCAACUCGCUGCUGCUGUGCUCGCACAGGCGAAGCUGCCAGCAGCGGAGAUAGCCGCCACGCUGGACGACUUCAGAACGCGACACCUGGCAGAGCUGACGGAGCUAUCCGCACUGAGUGGGUCAUCGCUGGGCUAUGGCUACUCCAGCAACCUCAUGCGAGCCAGGGUCGCCGAGGCAGCAGGUGUGGCCGAAGCAGCAGGGAGCGGCAGCGGGUCUCCCACAGCCACGACCACAACCACCAGUAGCAGCAGUAGUGUGACAGAGGGGGAGGGAGGCAUGGAAGGGCAGGUUGUGGUGCCGGCUUGA